CCAGGCUCUCCAAUCGCGUAUAGAAAUCAUCGCUCUACCCAGGCGGCAGUGUCGAUCUCGGCUCCAGUUGGAGACUGGGGCCGUACUAUGGCGGAUAAGGCUCAGAAAAGUGUGAAGAUUGCUCCUGGAGCAGUUGUAUGUGUAGAAAGUGAAAUCAGAGGAGAUGUAACUAUCGGACCCAGGACGGUGAUCCACCCUAAAGCACGAAUUAUUGCAGAAGCUGGGCCAAUAGUGAUUGGUGAAGGUAACCUAAUAGAAGAACAGGCCCUUAUCAUAAAUGCUCACCUGGAUAAUAUCACUCCUGACACUGAAGACCUGGAACCCAAACCUAUGAUCAUUGGUACCAAUAACGUGUUUGAAGUUGGCUGUUAUUCCCAAGCCAUGAAAAUAGGAGAUAAUAAUGUCAUUGAAUCAAAAGCAUAUGUAGGCAGAAAUGUAAUAUUGACAAGUGGUUGCAUCAUUGGGGCUUGUUGUAACUUAAAUACCUUUGAAGUCAUCCCUGAGAACACGGUGAUCUACGGUGCAGACUGCCUUCGUCGGGUGCAGACUGAACGACCACAGCCUCAGACACUACAGCUGGAUUUCUUGAUGAAAAUCUUGCCAAAUUACCACCACCUAAAGAAGACUAUGAAAGGAAGCUCAACUCCAGUUAAGAACUAAGAACAGUGUAUGAUGUCAAGAUAACACUUCGUCUUUGACUGUCUUUUGAAAGGACCACAGUGUUGUGUACUUUUAGCAGUUCAUAAAAUAGUACAUGUUAACUUUAUUUUGUAAGGUUGAGUUAGAGAGGAAAGUAAUGGAUUUUCAUUGUAAUUGUCCCCUAUAAUUUAUAUAAAAUGUAUUAUUAAUAUUUUCCUAUAUCCUUGCUUCUUUUCUGAUAACUUACAGAUUAGUUUUUCUUUUGUAAUAUGUAUAUAUUGUUAGCCACAUACCUUAGUUACGUAAAAGACUACCUGUGAUAAGAAAGGGCAUAUUGUAUGUGUUUAUGUUCUAGCAUAUCCUAAACUAAAUAAAAAUGCUAAUAACAGGA